AUGUUUCACUAUAAUCGUUUGACCACACCUCUAGCCGAAUUCAAGCCGCCGGAAUGGCUGACGUUGGCUCCGGGUCUGAGGACACGCCUGCCCGCGGUCGUGCCGGGCACACUCGAUCGCCUAAUCGGCAUGCUGACCCUCGUCUCGGAGGAACUGCCUGACUGCCCCUUCUACUUCCAAACAGACAAGCUCUGCGCCACCCUACGUGCCCCCGUGCCCAAAAUCGCCGAUGUGAGGUCGGCUUUUCUGAACGCUGGCUACCGCGUGUCAUUCUCGCACGCUGCUCUAAGCUCAAUAAAGACCGACGCACCCAUGUCCUACAUCUGGGACGUGAUGUGUGCGUGGAAGCGCAGGUACGAGGCGGCGGCGGCGAAGGCAUCGGCCGGCGCCUCCAGCCGACCCUCGCGGUCACCCUCGCCAUCGCCACCCGAGGGCGCCACGAGGUCCAAGGCGACCCGCAGGAAGAAGCACCCGCCGAGUGAGGCGGCUCUGCGUGUCGUCGACGCCCUGAUGUCUCGCCCGCCCAACCCAAGCGUGGACUUCACCCCGCACCCCGACUCCAAUCCUCCCUCUCGCACUGAUGGCUUAUUGAGGUACCAAGUGAAUCCUCUUCCGAACUGGGGUCCCAAAGGUCGAGCCAAGACUGUGAAAAACCGCACAGCAGACGAUAACUCCGACGACCUACCUCAACCCAAGUCGAAGAAAUCAAGGUCGAUUGAAUUGCAUUGA